AUGCGCUCUCUUCAGCUCCUCGCCCUCGCUGCCACCGGCUCCCUCGUGGCCGCCGCCCCUGCCCCCCGCGAUCUCGUCGAGAGAUCCUCCUGCACUUUCACCUCGGCCGCUGAGGCCAAGGAGGGUGUCAAGAAGUGCUCCCAGUCCAUCCUGAAGGACAUCGAGGUUCCCGCCGGCGAGACCCUCGACCUGUCCAAGGCUGCUGAUGGCUCUACGAUCACCUUCGAGGGUACCACCACCUUCGGCUACGAGGAAUGGAGCGGACCCCUCGUCCGUCUCGGUGGUAAGGGCGUCACAUUCACCCAGGCCUCCGGCGCCGUUAUUGACGCCCAGGGUGAGCGCUGGUGGGACGGCAAGGGCACCAACGGUGGCAAGAAGAAGCCCAAGUUCAUGUAUGUGCAUGACAUCGAGGACUCGUAUGUCAAGGGUCUGCACAUCAAGAACACCCCUGUCCAGGCCAUCAGUGUGCAGGGCACCAAUGUGCACUUGACUGAUAUCACCAUCGACAACAAGCUGGGUGACACCAAGGGUGGUCACAACACCGAUGGUUUUGACAUCAGUGACAGCACUGGCAUCUACAUUACUGGUGCCACGGUGUACAACCAGGAUGAUUGCCUUGCCAUCAACUCUGGCGAGACUAUCUACUUCACGGGCGGAUACUGCUCCGGUGGUCACGGUCUGUCCAUUGGCUCGGUCGGUGGCCGUUCGGACAACACGGUCAAGGAUAUCCACAUCGAGAACAACGAGGUUGUGGACUCUGCCAAUGGUGUUCGCAUCAAGACCAUCUACAAGAAGACUGGCGAUGUCGACAACGUUACCUACUCCAACAUCAAGCUCUCGGGCAUCACCAAGUAUGGAGUGGUCAUCGAGCAGGACUACGAGAACGGUAGCCCCACUGGUAAGCCUUCGAACACCAUCCCGAUCAAGGAUGUCACUCUGGAUGGCAUCACUGGCUCGGUUGAAGACGAUGCCCAGGCCAUCUACAUCCUGUGCGGUGAUGGCAGCUGCUCCGACUGGACCUGGAAGGAUGUCGAUGUCUCCGGUGGCAAGGACAAGAAGACGUGCAAGAACGUUCCCUCUGGAGCUUCUUGCUAGAUUCUUUCAUUCCCCUAGGGUCGUGGGCUGAGAUUGUGCUGUGAGGCAUUCUCUAUUCUUCUUCUGUAUUGAUAGUUUAGUGAAUACAAGCCUAGUUAGAC